AUGAUAGUACAAAAAAUCACCCCUUUACAAAAAGUCACAUUCAGAAUCACUUUUAAUCUUACACGUUGUUCCGUAUUUUAGAAGUGAAUUGUUCCAAUAGAAUGUUCUGUUUCCUUUUUUCUGGAGUCCAUGACGUCAUCACAGUUGUUUGGGAGAAGAAAAGACCUAAGAAAUAGAACCGUCAAAAAUAUACACUGUCCGACACAGUUUUAUGGUUAAAAUAACAAAUUUCGCGUUCUGAAGUAGCAAUGUCUACCCCGGCUAGAAGACGACUCAUGAGAGAUUUCAAAAGGCUUCAAGAGGACCCUCCUGCUGGCGUGAGUGGAGCCCCCUCUGAAAACAACAUCAUGUUGUGGAAUGCAGUCAUAUUUGGACCCGAGGGAACCCCAUUUGAGGAUGGAACAUUCAAGCUUGUGAUUGAGUUUUCAGAAGAGUACCCAAACAAGCCUCCAACAGUGAGGUUCAUCUCAAAAAUGUUCCACCCAAAUGUUUAUGCAGAUGGGAGUAUAUGUUUAGACAUCCUGCAGAAUCGUUGGAGCCCAACAUAUGACGUCUCAUCCAUUUUAACAUCCAUUCAGUCUCUUCUGGAUGAGCCAAACCCCAACAGCCCGGCUAACAGCCAGGCGGCCCAGCUGUACCAGGAGAACAAGCGGGAGUAUGAGAAGAGGGUGUCUGCCAUCGUGGAGCAGAGCUGGAAAGACUCCUAACAGUGAAGCGGCCAUCUUCCCCCACCAUGUUUAAAUCCAUUUUUUCAUUUACCUCAUCCACAAACCAAGGCAACAACAGAACAACUUUUAAGUGCCACAAGGAAAAAUAGGGACUUUUACUUGCCAACAUGUUUAAAAAAAGAAAAGGAAAAAAAAAAAGAAGCAACCUUUUGAGGUUUGUGUUAUUGUUCAUUUUUUAUUGCAUGAUGUGAAAUAAGUUAUUGCUAACAGAACUGUAAUAUAUCUGUGUUGGGUUGAUGGUACUCUUCAGCUUCUACACAAAACUUAUUUUUAAAUGUUUUUUUUUUCUUGGUUUGAACAGCAUUGGUUGUUAAAGAGUGUUUGUGUCUCACUGA